AUGCAAAUUUCCAAGAUGCGGCGGCUGUCAGGCCUUUUCUCCGGAUCCAAGACUUCAUUCCAGGUUCUCUCGGAUCUCCACCUAGACCACGAAUCACAGUACCUCACCUUUCACAUACCGGUAGCAGCGCCGUACCUGAUCCUCGCUGGGAAUAUUGGCCGCCUGCUUGACUAUGAACAAUACCUCGCCUUUCUCAUACGGCGAUGUAAUCUUUAUGAAAAAGUCUACCUAGUUCUUGGAGCACUCGAAUUCCAUGGAGUUGGGUGGAUGGAAGGGCUGCAAUUAGCGCAUCAGCUGGAAAAAGAGCAAGCAACACAAGGCAGACUGGAGAUACUCUACGAGACGAGAAGUGAUGUACCGGGGAAGAACAUUACACUGCUAGGGUGCACCCUUUGGAGUCAGAUACCAAAGUCAGACGCAAGCGGUGCUUUGCGCAAGAUGCCAGAGUUUGACGAGGUAGAUGGGAUUCAGGACUGGAGCGUAGAGAAGCACAACGCGGAACAUGAGCGAGACCUCCAGUGGUUAGUCGACGAAAUAAAAAACCCAAGCGCACGCGAGAGCAGCUUAGCCCCUAGCACUUCUGCAUUCAGGCAGCAACGGCAGCUUAUCGUUGUCACAGCCUUUGCAGCAGAUCUUCGUGGAUGCCUAGAGCCUUGGCAGGUCGACGCUCCAUGGGCCUCCUCAUACGGAACAAACCUUCUAGACAACCCAUCCUUCAGUGCUGUUAAGAUGUGGAUCUCGGGGGCGACAGGCCGAACAUGCGAGUUCAAGAAAGGGCAGACGACAGUCGUUAGCAACCAGCGUGGAAGAGUCGGCGAGCACGUUACCGGCGCGUUGAAAGAUGGCUUGUCAGAAAAGCAGAAAGUCGGCUUGUUCGACGUCAUGCGGGUUGUGAAGAUGUAG